UUUGAUUGUUUUCCAAGUCUAACUAACACUCUGUAUUAUUAUGGAAGGGCUUUGCUGACUUUCACUCAUUCAUUCCGGUGCAUCCCCGUGGGCGUAUGAUGAAAUCACGGCUCCUCAUUUGACAUGCCAUCUGACACCUCUUCUACUAAUAAGAACACGUUAACCACAUCGGACGACUUUGCUCAUCAAGAACCAUACAAACCCUCAGUCACGAUGGCCGAGUUGCCCACCGAAAUCUCCAUCGUGACGCUCAACUGCUGGGGCUUGAAAUACAUAUCCAAGCUUCGCCGCGAGCGUCUUACAGAAAUCGGCCGCCAGCUCGCCAUCGCUGACCCGCAGCCCCAGAUAGUUGCGCUUCAGGAGUGUUUCUGCCACGAGGACUACCUAACCAUCCGGCGCGAAACCCGCUACAUCCUGCCAUAUGGCAAGUUCUACUUUGCCGGCGCCUUUGGCGGCGGUCUGGCCAUCUUGUCCAAGUGGCCGAUUGAGGAGAGCACCAUGUACCGCUACCCGUUAAACGGACGACCCACAGCUUUUUGGCGUGGCGACUGGUAUGUUGGAAAGGGCGUUGCAUGUGCAAAGAUCCGGUACGGCCCGGGGCCAAAACACAUUAUCGAGGUCUUCAACACACACACUCACGCCCCUUACGAAUCCGGCCCCAACGACUCAUACAUCUGCCAUCGCACCUCUCAGUCCUGGGAGAUCUCCAAACUCCUCCGCGGCGCCGCCGAGCGGGGCCACCUCGUCCUCGGCCUGGGCGAUUUCAACAUGCUUCCCCUGUCCCUCGAGCACCAAAUCGUCACCUCUCAUGCGCCUGUGCAGGACGUCUGGCGCGUUCUCCAUCCUGACAGUUCCGUCGGCCCAGCCUACCACCACGCCGAAAAGGCUCGGGGGCGGGCCGUCCCCACGGCCGAGUUUAACAUCCUCGAGAACUGCGCCACCUCCGACGGGCCAUUCAACACGUGGCGCUGGCUGCCCAAGCAGCAGAAGCGGCUAGGUAUCGGCAAGCCGGUGGUGACUGUCGACCCGAGCACGCCGGACCUGCGCGGAAAACGGCUGGAUUACAUCUUUGCUGGGGCUGGGGACGUGGCGGCUAAUGGCGGGGGAUGGGUAGUCAAGCGUGCGGCGGUUGGGAUGAUGAUGCGGCAUCCAGAGCUGGGGUGUUCGUUGAGUGAUCACUUUGCUGUUGAGGCGACGCUCAAGUUUGUUCCUUUAAAGCAGCAGCGUGAUGAAAACAACAACAGCCCUUUUAGCAACAGUCAUCAAACCAUCAAACCAACCACCACCCUCCUCAAUGACGCCGACAACCAUCUCAUCCAAACGGGCACCUGCCUCCAGGAACCAUCAUCUCAAGGCACCAGUAUCGCCGAGGCCGAUACCGACACCGACACCGACGACAACCUCACCUACACAAAACAGCUCCUUGCCUUCAACUCCCCACCACCUCGCCUACCGCCCAGCGAUUACGACCAAAUUCUCAGUCUAAUUCACAAGUACGUAGCCCGCGAGCGGUCGCAACUCAAGUGGCGAGCGUACCACUUCUUCUCAUGGCUGGGAGUUUCGAUCGGGUGUCUCAUCGCGGUAUGGUUCGUCCCACGCAACUUUGUUGCCUUCAUCCUCAUGCUCGUCAGCACGCUGGGCUUGGUGGCCGGUACGCUAGACGGUCUGAUGUCGCUUUUGUUUUUCAGGAGCGAGUUGCGGGCGCUGAAGGAGUAUGAGUUCGAGAUCUUGACGGCCAAGGCGCUGGCGGAGGGCAAGACGCCUGUCGUACAGCAGGCUGGCACUGGGGAAGAUGUUGAUGCCGGCAAGCAAUGGUGACGGUUUCUGAGCCGGUGUGGCAACGCUGGCUACCAACAACUCCCAAUGGAUGAGUUCGAGCGUCUUCAUUGAACGUCAGUCACUAGGGUAGCAGAAAGCAAGCGGCUCCCCAGCAAGCAGGCUAGAAUAACUACUAAUGCUAAUACUCUGUAUUUCUAUUUCUCUGACUUCGCACUUCUAUCGGAUAUUCAGUUACGCAGUGUUACUAAAAAAGCAAAACCUACCAUGGCGUCUGAUACUCGCAUUCACCAACUCUACAUCUCCCACUCUCCCGCAGCUGAUCACUCAGUCUUCUGAAUCAAUCGUCAUCUAAGCUAGAGCCAGCUCAGUCUUCCCUUGCGUAAAGCUUUCACAGCAGCGGCGCGAUCCUCUUCCCACUCAUAGCCAACAUGAUUCGCAGGAACACUUUCGGUAUAACCACCGCUACCGCCAAAUGCAACACCGUCAGCAUCGAAUGUGCCAUCUUCGCCCCUGGGAUUCCCAUCGCUCGCAAAGGAACCAACGUUGGGCCAAAUCCGUUCCAAGCC